AUGCUCCUCGACGAUCUAGUUGUUUUUAAUGAUCCGCUUUCUUCGGUUGUUGUCCCGCCAAAUGUUAUUCCUGAACUUCAAUCAAAACCAUCAAUUCCAUUUUCAGCUAUCCGUAAUACCAGUCAAUCAUUAAUACCAGUUGCCGAUUUAUUAGCUAUAUUAUCUACAUCACCCAUACCAUCUACCUGCGAUGUUCCAUCUUCGACUAAUAACGUUUUUAAUAUUUUCUCACCUCGACAUACUCUGGUUCGUAAACAAGCUGAAGGAUAUUAUUUGGAUACAGCGAACAAGAAAAGAAAAAAGUACGACGAACAUCUCAAUAAUUUAGCCGAACAGUUCAAAUUACGUGAUUGCAUUGGUAUUCCAAUACAUUCUGUUGAACCUACAAAUACCGGUGCCAAAUUACUUCCAUGCUUGAUUAUUGCAAAAGAAAAAAAAGGCGACGAUGUUGGAUUUCGAUUGGCUUGCCAGUUUGGUGAAAAACGCAAUACAUAUGCUUUUAACUGUGAUCCUUCUAUCGCAUAUCCACCUUUACAUCAGCCUGGUCCACCCUAUACAGUUCCACGUGCCAAUUUAUCUGAACACUUACAAUGUUAUCAAGGACAAAACCAUCAAAAAAGAUGGAUUUUAUUUCUUCCAGGGUCAACAGAAGAAGUAAAAGAAUUGUACAGUUGGAAUUGGAUGCGAAUAAUGGAUAAAAACGGAUGGUCAUAUUGUACAUUACAAUUACCAGAAAAAGGCUUAGGUGAUUUACAAGUCGCUGCUGAAUAUAUUACUUAUGCGGCUAGAAAAAUGUACAAAAAGGCAACGAGAGAAAAAGAAAAAGGUAUUCGUCGUAAAACAAGGAUUAAUAUAAUCGGUCAUUCUCUUGGUGAUGCUCUUCCUCGUUUUUCACUUCGUUUUUGGCCAGAUAUUCGAUCUAUGAUUAAUCAUCUGAUCGCCUUUGGACCACCAAAUCAUGGAACAUUUAUGGCUGAUGUAGCUUGUAGUGUAAUUCCUUGUCCUAUUGCUGUUACUCAACAACGAAUAAAUUCUUCGUUUCUUUGUGCACUUAAUUCAUAUCAAAAAACAUUUUCUUCAAUAAAAUAUACGAAUAUUCUAUCAAAAUUUGAUGAACUUAUUCGACCUAUCACUAGUAGUGAAAUCAAUGAAAAAGGUGUAACAAAUAUUUAUAUUCAAGAUUUUUGUCCACGUAGAAUAUUUUCUGAACAUCUUGGUGCAGGAAUUUUUGAUUAUUGCGGUUAUUUUCUAACAAUGAAUGCAUUACGUUCUCGAUCAUUUAAAAAUCUGUCAACAGAAGAAUGUUGUGCAGAAACUUUAAUGCCUGGUAUCAAUUCAUCUACAACAGAAUUUAUUUCCAAAGUUGCUUAUUUAGCUAAAGAACAUGCACGACAUUUGCUCAUGUAUUUUGGUGAAGUCAAAGACGAACCAGAAUUAAGAUGUCCAUUUAGAACUGAUUGUAUUAAAAGAAAAAGAAGAGUAAACAAAACGAAGUUACGAUAA